AUGUUGGGUUUGGUGUGGAGUGUAACGGGUUUACAAAUCCCAAAUCCGAAUUCUAUUUACGAGGACAUGAAUAUUUUGACCAUCAGUCUUUUUAUUGGGAACGUAAAGUGUGUGACAGAUUUCCCGUUUUCUAUGAACGACGUAGGAGCCAACACUAUGUUGUACAUGAUUGCGGGAUAUGAGACCUCUGCUACCACGGGACAGUUCGCCGCCUAUCAACUAGCUCUGAACCCUGACAUUCAAGCUAGAGCAAGAGAAGAGGUGGUAAGGGUUCUGGAGAAGUAUGGAGGGGAGUGCACGUAUGAGGCUCAGAACGAGAUGGUGUAUUUGAAUAUGGUGUUAGACGAAACGAUGCGGAUACAUCCAUCUAUGCGGGCAUUAUUUCGACGAUGCAACAGGGAUUACAAACUGCCCAACAGUGACUUGGUCAUAGAAAAAGGGACAAUGGUAUUCAUUCCAAUCCAAGCUAUACAAAUGGAUCCAGAAAUAUUCUCAGAGCCAGAAAUGUUUGAUCCAGAGAGAUUCUCGCCUAAGAACAAAGCUAAUUUACAUCCAUGUCACUGGAUGCCUUUUGGCGAAGGUCCAAAGAAAUGCUUAGGUAUACGGCAAGGAUAUAUCCAAUCAAAGAUGGCGCUGGUCAAAGUGCUGCAUAAAUACGAGUUAUUGCUUGACGACAGAACACACGUGCCAAUGAAGAUAAAGAAUUCAUCGUUAGUUUACGCAGCCGAGGGAGGUGUGUGGCUUAAGCUAAGAAGUCUCGAAUAA